AUGGUCAUUACCCUUGAUAUUAGUUCCGUGAUACAAAACAUGGAUACCCCUAAGCUCAAAGACCAAGGAAGUUUCUUUAUCCCUUGUCAUAUAUGUACCAUGAACUUUGAGAGAGCUCUAUGUGAUUUAGAGGCUAGUGUUAGCCUAAUUCCUUUUCCCGUCUGUAAGAAGUUAGAUAUGGGGGACAUGAAAUCUACCAAUGUGUGUUUACACCUUGUCGAUAGAUCAGUUAAGUAUCCCAUAGGUAUGUUAGAGUACGUCCCAGUGAGAUUAGGAGAGUAUUAUGUUACAGUGGACUUUGUGAUGAUGGACAUCGAUAAAGAUUGUCAAAUUCCUAUAAUUUUAGUAAGGUAUUUCUUAGCUAUGGUGGGGGCCAUCAUAGAGGUCAAGAGAGGGAAGUUGACCUUUAAGGUGGGAGGUGAGAAGAUCAAGUUUAUUUUAGAAAAAUUAUUUAAGAACCCUUCUUUAAGGGACUCUUGUUGUUUGGUUGAUUUGUUAAGUGAAUAUGUUCAAGAGAAUGCACCAGAAUCUCCUCCUACCACCAAGUUGGAGGAGAGUUUACUUGAUGGUACUAAGGUUGACGAAGUUGAUACCCUAGCUAAGAGUUUUGAAUAA